GCCACGCGCCCUUCAAAGGCACCUUUCUUAGCGCUCAGCUCCUCGAACAAGCCUGGCACUGGCUCGCCGACGAGCGUCGGGACCACUGUUGGACACGGAAGAAAUCCUGUUUGCUCUUCCCCUCAUUAGUUCUUGGUUGGGCUCAGACCCGUGUUGAGGAGCCUGCAGAGUUGAAAAUGAACCCCACGGAUACAGCAGACACCACCAUGGAUGAAAGCAUCUAUAGUAAUUACUAUCUCUAUGAGAACAUCCCCAAGCCUUGCACCAAAGAAGGCAUCAAGGCCUUUGGGGGGCUCUUCCUGCCCCCUCUCUACUCCUUGGUCUUUCUGUUCGGUCUCCUUGGAAAUUCUGUGGUGGUUCUGGUCUUGUUCAAGUAUAAGAGGCUCAAGUCCAUGACCGACGUGUACCUGCUCAACCUCGCCAUCUCAGACCUGCUCUUCGUGUUCUCCCUCCCUUUCUGGGCCUACUAUGCUGCAGACCAGUGGGUUUUCGGACUAGGUCUCUGCAAGAUUAUUUCCUGGAUGUACCUGGUGGGCUUUUACAGCGGUAUCUUCUUCAUCAUGCUCAUGAGCAUCGACAGAUACCUGGCCAUCGUGCAUGCGGUGUUUUCCUUGAGAGCGAGGACCUUGACGUAUGGGGUCAUCACCAGCGUGGUCACGUGGUCCGUGGCUGUACUGGCUUCUCUCCCAGGCUUCUUACUCAGCACCUGCUAUACGGAGCGCAACCACACCUACUGCAAAACCAAGUACUCGCUCAACUCCACGCGGUGGAAGGUGCUCAGCUCCCUGGAGAUCAACAUUCUGGGCUUGGUGAUCCCCUUGGGCACCAUGCUGUUCUGCUACUCCAUGAUCAUCAGGACCCUGCAGCACUGCAAAAACGAGAAGAAGAGCAAGGCGGUGAGGAUGGUCUUCGCCGUGGUGGCCCUCUUCCUGGGCUUCUGGGCGCCUUACAACGUGGUGCUUUUCCUGGAGACCCUGGUGGAGUUGGAGAUCCUUCAGGACUGCGCCUUCGAAAGGCACCUGGACUAUGCCAUUCAGGCCACGGAGACCCUGGCUUUCGUUCACUGCUGCCUUAACCCCGUCAUCUACUUCUUCCUCGGGGAGAAAUUCCGCAAGUACCUCGUACAGCUCUUCAAAACCUGCAGGGGCCCCUUCCUGCCCUGUCACUACUGCAGGCUCCUGCAGCUCUACCCCCCCGACACCCUCAGCUCGUCCUACACGCAGUCCACCGGGGAUCACGAUCUCCACGACGCCCUGUAAGCCGCGAAGAGGCGGAGGACGGCGCGAGGCCCCCCGAAGGGAGAGCUGGCUUGCAAUUGUACUAUAGUCGGGGCUCCCGAGCCAGUGGCGGGAGGGAGCCCUUCAUCCGCUGCCGAGCGUGGGCUUCUCGCCCCUCAGUCAGCUCCUCCUCUUGAAAUCUGCGGGUGCGGUCCAGCAAGAGCUCACCCGGGCUGCGACGUCACCCCUUCCCCGGGCUUGCCUGCAGGGCUGAGUAAGCAGGAGGAGGACUCUGACCAGCAUCUCAGCGAGGUCACACGUGACACUGUAAGGGAAGGACCGUUCAUCCCCGGCUAACGUGCACCGAUGGCGUUCUCUUGGGGGGGCCUGUGGAGAACGAAUGGUGGAAUCGGUCGCUACUUCUUGCCGUGAAAAACGGGCCCUUUAAUUACUUUCUAGCUUUCGUGGGACAAUAGCAAAAACUUUGACAUGCUGUUCUAGAGCUUUCCUGUUAAUAUAUCCGAAGCAUGGUAGAUUCCCUGGAGCCAGGUGUAUGAGGAGACAGAGAGCAAAGUGCUGAACCCUGAUCUGCUCUUUUAUCUUAAAGGAUUAUCUGCUAACGGAGGCCAAACUUUCGAUGCUGAUUCCAGGUGUGAGGAUGUGACGUGAAGGCAUUAGCAAGGCCUGAUGUCCAAACGUGAAAUACAAGGCAUUAAAACAUCCAAACGUAUUUGUGGAAAUUCAAACAUACUUUCAUGUGCUUGUGAGCACAUUUUGUUUUGAUGAUAACAGAUGAUAUUCAAGUUUUACAAAUAAUACAUAGGUGCAGAUACAUGGAUGGGGGGGGGUCUUUUACUUGUUUACAAACAGAGCCUUCAAAACUAAAAAUAAGAAAGGUUAAUAAAGUAUGACAGUGACGUGCCUGCCAUUAAGGGAGGCAAGAAUAAUCAAGCCAAAGCUAUUACCGAUGUGGCACAACCAGUAAUUAUGAAGUUGUGAAAAAUGUCAUCCUCUCUGUUAAAAUACUGGCUUCCUUUUUAACUUUGGGAUGAGUCAAAGUUUCUCACCAGUCAUUUUAAUCGUGUCAUUAAGCGUUUGACACCAUUAAGUUAAAUCUCUGUUCUUAGUCACAGACUUCAUCAAAUUCAACAGAGACUUUAAUCAGGGUGGGAGAGCCCUGGAAGGCAUUGCAAAACAAAAACCCAUCUUGCAAACCAUCAACCGAGUUACCGGCUUCAAAUGCUUCUGUAAGUUCACACCUUAUCACACGCUCUACAUUUAUAAAGGACGCACUUCCAGAAAGUAUGUUUUUUUUUUUAAACGAUUUUA